AUGGGACAUUCGGAUGAGUCAAGUGUACCAUUUCUUACUGAUUUGGAAAAUGAAUACACGGCAACUGAGAAAUCUCAUAGAUCAACACUAGACAAUCCUAGAGCCACGAAAUGCUCAAAAACGCAGACUUGUUUCUGGAUUUCAUGUAUAGUUGUCGUUACACUGCUCACAAAUACUGCAACAUAUCUCACCACACAUCGACCCCCUAGAAAUCUGGACCAAGUAUGUGCUAAGCAUACAAGUCAAACUUGGAGUCCCAUCCUCGAUAACAUUGACAUUGAAUACGAAACUGUUAGAUUCAAUGGCUCACUGUUCACCAACACUAUAUACAGAGAAGAACCUAGCCCAGAAGUUGAUCAAGCUUGGUACAAUCUUGGAACAAAAUAUAAGGCAAUAAUCAUCCCACCAGAAGAUGCUCCCAAAGCCGGAAUAUCACUUGAUCAUUUCCGAGUAGAUGAGAAAGAUGGAGGUCCUGGCUACCCUGCUAUAGUUGAGGUGAUGCAUCAAUUACAUUGUCUGAAUCUUCUCCGACAAGGGCUCUAUUACAACUCUGAGUACUACCACAAUCUCGGAGAAGGCCCAUUCAAGAAUGAAGAAUAUAUCUUGAAAGCACAUAUAAACCACUGUCUAGACACCGUCCGCCAAAGUUUAAUGUGUUCAGCCGAUACAGGAGCACACCCUUUCUUGUGGGCAAAGUCUGGAGAUCGUGUUCACUUAUAUCCAGACUUCAACCGUGAUCACAAAUGCAAGAAUUUUGAUGAUAUAAGGCAGUUUGCAGAGAAACAUCAGGCACCAUGGCGUGAAGAUGGUCAGUUAGAUGUACAGCCAAAGGACGGAGAAGUUAUUUUACCAGCAAUUCCAUGA